CGCCUCUGACGAUGCAGUGACUGCGAUCCGAUCAUCCCAGGUGACUGCAGCAGAACAAUGACGGAAGGUUUGGCGAGCAGGGGCGAAGGGUCUCUGUCGUCCGAGUUCCCCAACCCGGAGCCUCGGGCGUCUGGCAAGAAGCCGAUUUCGCCCCAGAAUGACCCCGAGCGAGGCCAUAGCCGCGAGUCUGCCUUGUCUGCCGUUGCGCCAGAGCUGUUGGACGACGACGAGAUCGUCCGGAGGGAGACCGGGCCUACACCGGCGAGAAAGGAUGGCCAGGGAACGGCUGGGAAUACUGUGGGACCGGAACCCAGGGUCUCGCAGCGGCAGUUGAACGAGUACCGCGAGAACUUGGCCCGCGAGAUGGAGCGCAGAGAACUACAGCCAAGACGACAAAAUGCGGCCGUGCCCGGCCCCAAGAGGGUUUCCACGAUCCAGGAGGAGAGCUCGCCAACCUCACAGCCGCGGUCGUCCGAGUCGGAUCCGGCCGCCACCUCGACCGGGUCUGGCAAUACCGUUCGCGGCUCCGUCACGCCUAGCCCGGUAGCUCGGACGCCUUCCUACCCGUUUCCUCGCAUGGCGUCUUCCGGCUUGGUCUCCCCUGCGGUGCAACGUCCCUUCACCACGCCCUCGCCUACCGUUCCGCCCGACGGGACCCGGCCGGCCUCCGACCUUCUCAAAGGCCAGGACACGCUCGUGUCAAGUCCCUCGACCCCUGCCUCCAAUACGACUUUCCUGCCUCCCGGGGUAUCGCAGGCCAUGACAGGCCACACAGGCCACCCUGAUUUCCCGACCCCGAAUCUCUACGAGUUGUCGCUUUUGCUCUCGGCCGAGCCGGGCCUCGACGCUUGGUGGCACGCCGUUGUGCAGAUCAUGGUGGAUCUGUACAAGGCCGAGAGGGUCACGCUCGCCGUUCCAGCCGACCCAACCGAUAUCGAAAACGUGCCGUGGGGUCAGAAGGCCACGUACAGUGCCCAUCGCGAAGACGACCUCAGCCUAAGGUAUCUGGCCAGGGGCUCAAGUCUGAUCCCGAGCAGCAAUGACGACCCCGCCGAUGCGCUCUUCCAGGCUGGAGAGCCACCUACCAUACCAGAACCUGCGCGCCCGGGCUUGCGGAACAGACAUUCAUUCACGUCAUACGAGCAGAACCGGCAGACCGCCGCAUCAGGCGACCGGUCACACCCUGCUUCGCAGCGGCCGCAACUUUUGUCCCGGAGCAAGUCCCAUCACCCAGCCACCACCCUCGAUCACGAGACCAGCGUCAACCUGCCCAGCCUCAAUCAACAAGCGCUGGAGGAGCACGAUGCGCUGGAGCCACAAGAAGAGACCCCCAGUUGGGAGGCGCCCUUCACCGCCCCGAGGGGGGGACACGGAAAGGUGCUGAAUGUGCUGCAGGCGCUCGACUACGAAGCAGACCCCUUGAUCGACCACAACGGUAUCCUGCGUAUAUUAGAGUGCGGCCGCGUUGUGGCGCUGACUAGAACCUACCCCUAUCUCCAUCAGGAAUCGACCCCAACCGACCCGUUGGAUUCGCGCGCCGCAUCUGUGGCUAAGUCGCCCGAGCGGCACCGGAAGAAGAUCCGGAAGCCGCGAUCAGAUUCCCUGUCCAAGCUGUCUUCGCUCCUCGGGAGUGCGGCCUCCUCUUCGGUCUCCGGCCAGGCCUCCGAGGCGCAGCCGUCUGAUAAGAAACCCAGUCUGGCAUCCGGGAUUGAGGACGGCACACCGAAGCCGGCCGUCCCCAAGUAUGAGGAAUACGAGCAGGCUCCGCCGUCGCCGUGGUCGCAAUCGCCGGCGCCUUCGCCCGCCGUGAGGGCCGACCCGGCCGAGAACCCUUUUUUCACCGACGCCAUGGUCAAUGAGGACUCGUUCAACCCUUCACCUCCGCCUGCUGAUUAUUCCGCCAUGCUGCCGCCAAAGGCCAUCGGCGUCGACAAUUCGUGGACCGUGCUGCAUAUCCCCCUCACGCAUGUGCUGCUCUCAAAGCCCAAUCCGACUUUUAAGCUGGAUCCCUCGCUUAUGGAGCAAAAGAUCACGGCACGCAAGAACGGAGACCCGUCGCCGGCUUUGAAUCCCUCCCCUGAGCGUGCCGUCAAGGAGAAGCAUGCACCCAUCGCCAUUCUGUCCAUCCUAAGCCCCGUUAUCCCGUAUCCUUCUAAUCUACGCCAGUCUCUCGAGUACCUCGCCCCGCAUCUGGCCAAUUCCUUCUCUCUCGCUCGUCACUACAGCAACCUGGAAACGGAGUUGAAUGGAUUACAAAAACGCAGACCGCACACUGCCGGCUUCGGCGCCCUCGGACCCGAUGGACGACCGCUGGCGGACCCCACGGCUUUGGCAUCGCUGGCUUGUUCCCCGGCCGAAGAAACCGCCUCUCGAGACUCGAUUGCCGGCAGCAUGACGAGCCCGAGCGAUUAUUCGGCCCCUUCCCGCAGCGCCACCGGCUCUCCCAGUGGCACACCGGGUGGGGAUCCGACAUCCCUCGGGUUCGUCAUGGACAGCAAGCGAGCGCCCACGUCGAGCCCGGCGCCGGUAAAUGCGGACAGCUAUUUCAGCUCCGUGCCAAAGGCUCCGGCGACCGCGCACCGGGCGAGAAGGGACUCGCGGGAUGCCUCAGCUGCCGAGAAGCGGUCGUCCCUGCGCCUAUCGAGCGGCAAGGGACAGCUGCACGACCCUGCCUCGCCCGGCCAUGCGGCGGCGGCAGAGUCCCGAAGGAGUAACGAAUCUAUUCGUCAAAACUCCGAAGAAUGCCUGCCGUCUAGUGCCCAGCAGAGACGACCGCCGUCGCGAGAGGGGAGAGACCAUGCAACCCAGACCGAGACUCACAAGAAGCAAGGUGGCAUGCCGGUCUCGACACCUCACCGCCAUACCCAGCUACACUCAUACGGAGCCGAUUUUGCCUCGACGUUCCAAUCCCUGCCGCCGAGCUCGACAAUCAGCAGAGGCAUGACACAUCCAGCAGCGCCCUCUAGAGCAGGGUCGAUUGCGCAAACGGACAUGACGCCGCCGUCUGACAGGCUGAAGGGACUUAUUCUGGAUUCGUUACCGGCGCACGUAUUCGUGGCGCUUCCUCAUACAGGAGAAAUCGUCUGGGUCAACAGCCGUUUCCUUACUUACCGCGGACAGACCUCGAGCGACCUGGCCGCCGACCCGUGGGGAAGCAUCCACCCCGACGACAGAGAGGAAUACCUCCGGGCAUGGAGCCAGUGCGUCCGGACCGGUGAGCAGUUUUCCAGAUCGGUGCGCAUUCGGCGGUUCGACGGUGCUUAUCGAUGGUUCUACGCGCGUGCCGUUGCGUCGAAGGACAAGAGGGGCGUGAUCCUGCAGUUCCUCGGGUCUUACAUGGACAUCCACGAUCAGCGCAUUGCGGAGCUGAGGGCAGCGCGGCAAGAAGAAAUCGAGACGUCCGAGGCGAAGCAUCGCCUGCUUGCCAACCUGAUACCACAGAUUAUUUUCACAGCGACCGAGGACGAGGGCAUCACGUUUGCGAACGAACAAUGGCUGUCUUACACGGGCCAGGACUUCCACGGCGCUCUCGGGCUCGGAUUUAUGAAUUACGUGCAUCCGGACGACCUGGCCAAAUGCCGGAUCCCCCUUGGAAAACAGCCGGGCCUGGCUUCGGAGGCCGAUCUGAGGACCCACGGCCGCUCGUUCUCGGCUGACUACACGGCUGCCCGGCGGGCCUCAAAAGCGCCGAUGUCCCGCGAUGCCAAUAUCAAAGAUCAUCCGCACACGCUCUCAAGGAACGACAGCUCCGGCAGCAGCGGCAGCAGCAACAACGACGGCCCCACGUACGAUCAUCCGACUACGAAUCUUACGAAACUUGCGGAGCUCGCCCGGCAGGGCGUAAUCAAGGUGUCGACGGAUAGCAGCGGGCGGCUGUCGUACACGACCGAGAUUCGGCUGCGCUCCAAGAGCGGCGAGUACCGAUGGCACCUCAUCCGCUGCGUGGAGAUUGACAGUGUCGACUUUGGCAACGGUGCGAGUUCGUACUUUGGCUCGGCCACGGACAUCAACGACCUCAAGCUCUUAGAGGCCAAGCUGAAGGAGGCGAUGGACUCCAAAGGCCGCUUCCUCAGCAACAUGUCGCACGAAAUCCGGACGCCGCUCAUCGGCAUCUCGGGCAUGGUCAGCUUCUUGCAGGACACCACGCUCAACGAGGAGCAGCGGGACUACACCAACACGAUUCAGACCAGCGCCAACAGCCUGCUCAUGAUCAUCAAUGACAUCCUCGACCUCUCCAAAGUCGACGCGGGCAUGAUGAAGCUGAGCUAUGAGUGGUUCCACACACGCUCCUUGAUCGAGGACGUGAACGAACUCGUGUCGACCAUGGCGAUCGCCAAACGGCUCGAGCUCAACUACGUGGUCGAGGAAGACGUUCCGGCUUGGGUCAAGGGAGACAGGGUGCGCAUUCGCCAGGUGCUGCUCAACGUCAUCGGGAACGCAAUCAAGUUCACCAGCCAGGGCGAGGUGUUCAGCAGAUGCAAGGUCGUCGCGCCCGACGGAGUGGAACUGCGGCCCGAUGAGAUCAUGCUCGAGUUCUCCAUCAUCGAUACGGGCAGGGGCUUCACCGAGGCGGAGGCCGAGCUGAUCUUCAAGCCGUUCAGCCAGAUCGACGGCAGCAGCACCCGGCAGCAUGGCGGGAGUGGUCUGGGCCUGGUCAUCUCACGUCAGCUGGUCGAGCUGCACGGCGGCAAGAUGGUAGGCACUGCCGUACCGGGCGAGGGGUCCACCUUCACGUUCACCGCAAGGUUCGGGCUGCCAACGGAGAACGACCACCCAGACGCGGCUACAGUGCCUCGGCUGACGCCGACGCCAGGCCCGUCGCAGGACACGCCUCUCGCUCCUCCCGCCUCGUCGCCUUCUGUGAGUGCGCUCCACGGGGUCGCGGCGGCUUCGGACAGUCCGUCUACCGUGGACCGUGGUUCUGGCUCCCCGGCAGCCGUUUCGAGCGGUAGCUCCGAGCUAUCGACGUCGUCCAGCCGUACGCGGUUGACGGACCGUUCGUCCGUGUCGUCGCUGAAUACCGGCCUGGUGCGCUUCAGCCAGGCGGCUCGCGCCAGCGGACAAGAUCUCUCGCAGAUGAAGCUGGAGGUGCCGUCGCGCAGGGGCAGCCCCGGGGCCACACCGACGCCGAGUCGGGAAGGGGCCACCGUCAACAAGAUCAUCUCGCCGCCGCCGCCCAUGUACUCCAUCCUGAUCAUCUGCACGCAGACACACAGCCGCGAAGCCACGACGAAGCACAUAGAGAUGACGCUUCCCAAAAGCAUCCCGCACCAGCUGACGGCCGUCGCCUCGGUCGAGGAGGCAACCUCGUUCAUCCAGGGCGAAGACUCGGUCCGGUUCACGCACAUCGUCGUCAACCUGCCGUCCCCCGAAGAAAUCAUCUCGCUCAUGGACAAGGUCAUGCACUCGGACUCGACCAUGCCAGGCAAGACGACCAUCCUGAUCCUCUCGGAUUCGGUCCAGCGGCAGGCCGUGUCGAAGCUGGUCGCGGGCACCAAGUACGCGGACAUCCUGUCGGACGGCAGGGUCACGUACAUCUACAAGCCGGUCAAGCCGUCGCGGUUCGCCGUCAUCUUCGACCCGGCCAAGGAGCGCGACCUGAGCAUCGACCACAACCGGUCGACGGCGCAGCGGCUGGUCGAGGACCAGCGGCAGAGCUACGUCGACAUGGAGCGCCGCAUGGCUGGCAAGGGCUACAAGGUACUGCUGGUCGAGGACAACCCGGUCAACCAGAAGGUGCUGCAGAAGUACCUGAAGCGGGUCGGCGUGGCGGUCGAGCUGGCCGCCGACGGCGUCGAGUGCACCGAGAUGGUGUUUGCGCGCGGGUGGGGGUACUAUUCGCUGAUUCUGGUGCGUUUUUUUCUCUUCUUUGUUCCUUUCUUUUUUUUCUUUUUCAGUUUUUCCCCUGCUCCUUUUCCUUGUUCGCUCCCUCCCUCCUCAAUUCACCCCUUAUCCCGAAACACGGCCCGUAACAACAGUGACAUAACCCACAUACACACACACACCAUGUUAUAUACAUACAUACAUGCAUACACAUACAUGCUAACACACCGCCUCCCUCGCGUCCGCGGCGACAUGGAACCAGUGCGACCUCCACAUGCCCCGCAAGGACGGCUACCAGGCCUGCCGCGAGGUGCGCGCCUGGGAGGCCCAGGGCCGCUUCGGCGGCCCCCCGCUGCCCAUCAUCGCCCUCUCGGCCAACGUCAUGUCGGACGUGCACGAGAAGUGUGUCGACGCCGGCUUCAAUGACUACGUCACCAAGCCGGUCGACUUCAUCAGCCUC